GGCAAUUAACUUUUAUUAUAUGAUAUGCUAUUCAACUUUUAUGUUUAUAUACUUUUUGUGUUUUUUCUAAAGAUAAAACCUCAUUUUUAAAGAAUCUUCCUGAUCCCUUAAAAAUCCUGUAUACCGUAGCGACUACCGCGCCUAUCAUCUUCAAAUUUAUGGCCCCUGAGAUGGUCUUUUAAGCGCGGAAUUAGGUCCCUUGAAUAUGGAGUCAGGAAUUAAUAUGAAGAAGUCAGCUUCUUCAAUGGUAGCCAUUGAAACUCCGGAUUUGUGCUCGGAGGCGUUAUCUUGGCGAAACAAAACAACUUUAGCGAGUUUGCCCCGCCGUUGUUAGCGUAUGUGCUCACAAAACUUUGUUGUUUGUCCAGUGUAAGCAGUCCCCGUAAUAGUGGCUCCAUGUAUUCGAUCAUUGCCACACCUUGGCUGUUCCAGAAAAAACAGCCCGUGAUCUUACCGGCGAAUGGAAUCGUUUUGAAGUUCUUCGGAGAUGACGAUAUCUUUCAAGUCGUGGACUGUUUUUUCGUUUCCGGGUCAUAACGGUGAAGCCAUGUUUUGUCCACAGCUAUGAAUUGAGUUGGACCCAAAAAUCGGUCAAGAUCUUAUAGUGACAAACAUAAGCAGUUUUGUGAAAUUCUCAGUGUGGUUUGUUUCAGCGCGUCAGAAACCAUUUUGGGCACACAGCGCGUUGACACUAUUUUCUUAUCCAAAUGGUUGUGUAUAAUAUUAUGGACACUUCCUGUAGAAAUUUUCAUUUCUUCUGCUGUAAAACAAACAGUAGUACGACGAUCCGCUUAAGCAAUGCUUUCAACUCUUUAAUCAUUUGUUCAGUCACUACCGAUGUAGGGCGUCCCAUGUGGUGGACCCAUUUACUGGUGGUAGGACCUCUUGGGAGUCCGCACGGGUAGGUACCACCACCCCACCUAUUUACGCCAUGAAGCAGUAAUGCGUUUCGGUUCGAAGGGUGGGGUAGCCGUUGUAACUAUACUGAGACCUUACAACUUAUAUCUCGAGGUGGGUGGGGCAUUUACGUUGUAGAUGUCUAUGGGCUCCAGUAACCACUUAACACCAGGUGGGCUGUGAGCUCGUCCUUCAAUCAAAGCAAUAAAAAAAAAAGUGGAGUUCGUCGUUAAUGGAAGUUCUUCCUCGCUUGAACUCAGCACACCAACCUCUAAUCGCAAAAUAUGGCGGAGCAUGAACCCCUAGUGUUGCUCUCAAUUCUUGAUUUACCAGCUCCGUAGUAAAAAUUUUCAAGCAGAGUUAUUUUAUUACCGUGCGAAUAUAAAUUUUAUCCAUUUUUAAGUAGACGUUUCGACACGUUGCGUCGCUACCAAAUGACUUCUAUUUAAAAAAAACAAAAGAGGAUAUUGAAUAAAAUCGCUAUGUUAUUAUUAUUAUUAUUCUAAUGACUAGGCUACAUAUGUUCGCCAGUAUCUAGUUUUUCUUUCCAGCAACAAUGUAUUGCAUUAUCACUAUUUAUUGAACAUCCCUUGUAGGUAAAAUGUUUGCUAGGAAAAAUUAACCAUGUGUAUGUACCUAUAUACAUCGAGAAUUGUGAUGAGAUAAUAAUGUAUGGAGGAAUAAAAUCGCGUAAUUAAAAUCAAACCUACAAAAUUUUUAACUUUCAUCAUUAUUGUACUAUUGAGAUAUAGACCUCAAAUCCCGAAGUGGGUGGCAGCAUUCACGCCUGAUAUCUAUGGGCUGCGAUAACCACUGAACACUAGGUGGGCCGUAAGACAAAUCUUAGUUUAUCAAAGGGCGCGUGGUACUGCUAGACCGUAAAUGUGUCAUAAGCUGAGAAUGAGUUCGUGCCAAGUACAACGACCGUCACAAGUGAUUCCCCGAGCGCGGCGCGUGCCGUCGAUAUUAAGGGGAAUAAUUCUUAUCAUCACAUUUAAUUCGGUUCAAUUGGUUCAGUCUCUAAGAUUCUUAUAAAAGCGAAAACAUUUGGUUUCCCAACAUCAUUCAUCAUCUGCACGUUGAGCAGUCAACAGACAAGUAAUACGACACAGAUCAAGAUGUCCAAGAGUGUAGCGUUGUUGUUGUUGUGCGCGUGCUUGGCGAGCGGUAGACACGUGCCGACACGUGCGCGGAGACAAGCCGGCAGCUUCACAGUGAACUCGGAUGGAACCUCCGGGGCCGCCCUGAAGGUCCCUCUCACCGGCAACGACAAGAACGUACUCAGCGCCAUCGGGUCCGCCGACUUCAACGACCGCCACAAGCUCAGCGCCGCCUCCGCAGGGCUCGCUCUGGACAAUGUAAACGGGCACGGGCUGAGCCUGACCGGGACCCGCAUUCCCGGCUUCGGGGAGCAGCUCGGCGUCGCAGGCAAGGUCAACUUGUUCCACAAUAACAACCACGACCUGAGCGCCAAGGCGUUCGCGAUCAGGAACUCGCCCAGCGCCAUUCCCAACGCGCCCAACUUCAACACGCUGGGCGGCGGAGUGGACUACAUGUUCAAACAGAAGGUGGGCGCAUCGUUGAGCGCCGCGCACUCUGACGUCAUCAACCGGAAUGACUACUCGGCCGGGGGUAAGCUGAACCUGUUCCGAUCUCCGUCCAGCUCGCUCGACUUCAACGCCGGCUUCAAGAAGUUUGAUACGCCUUUUUACAGAUCUUCGUGGGAGCCCAAUGUGGGAUUCUCCUUCUCGAAAUUCUUCUAAAAAGUAUUAUGCGAAAGCAGUAAAAUCAUAAAUUCCCUUUCAAUAUUCUAACAUAAGGAUUUAAUUAUAGUUUAGAUAUUAUAAUCUUGCGCACAAAUUUUAAUAAUACUCACUGUCAGUACUGCCUUAUCAAAUAAAGAACCAAUUAAAAAUUA